UGAAAGGGAGUUGGGCUAAUUACACCGUUUCUUUCUUUCAGAAGUGGAGAGCAGACUGUCACCUCCAAGACGCCGAGAGACCUGUGUCGAGCAGUCCCUCCACAGCAGUCGUUCGCUGGCAAGAACUAAAUCCGUUCCGCAGAAAAAGAAAAUCCCCUCACGCGUCGCCCGAGGAGAGGCGCCUCGGAGGGUCAGGAGUGUCGGUAAAUCCUGGAGGAUAAUCGCAGGAACCUCUCUCUCCUCUGCGUGCGUUCGUCUCCCUGUUCGCGGCCGGGUAUUGACUCAAGGAGGAUUAAGUGCGGUGCCAUAAACGCUUCUCCUUCCUCCGAGCGGCUAACAGAUUCCGGAAAGAUCGGCGCUUUCGUCUCGAGAAGCGGAGGAAUCCUCAAGGACAAUCUCGGCGGGGUGUGAGGGAGUCCGCGAGAUCCUUUCCAGGUGUAGGGUGUUCGGCGGGGCGUCCCCGGGGGAGUAGGGAUCGCCGGCCACAACGCGCCCUUUGUCAGUCACCCGCAGCGUAAGACUGUGUCUCUCUCCCGAGGACAUGCUGUGUAUCAGUCACCCAUAGUAGCUUACUUUUGGGCGCGGGUUGGCAUCUCCUCUGCCCUUAUUACGCUGUAGUGGUCGCUCGCGGGGAGUGAGAAGCGCCGCGUCGAGUAGUUGUUUUUUUAUUCUAGGGCUAAACCCAAACGCUCGAAGAGAGACAAUAGCGAGCUGAUAGCGUGGAGAUAUUUACAAAUAAGUCUUGGCCAUUCCCCACACGCACGCAGUUGCCAGGAGGGAAUAUCCGAGCCUCGGACGCCAGCCCACAAAGAGCGCCCCAAGCGACCGUGGGAACCGCCGCCGCAACGAGAGACAUGCUCUUCGCCGCCCCGCCGUCGCCUCAUUAACGCCGCCUACCUGUCCAAGAUGAUGGCCUUCCCCUCGCCCCAAUUACCUGCCUCGACCAUGGCGUCCUCCUUCGCCGCCAACGCCACCACGGAGAUCUCUGCGGCUGCGGCGAUCGCGGCGACGGCGACGGCCACGCGGGACCUGCUCUUCAACGCUUCCCUGGCGCCGAACGAAUAUGGAAACUUCAGCGGACAAGACGACCAAGAGGGAGGAACAAUAUACAAGUGCAAUAUGAACAUUCUGAACGCCAAUUUUACCGAGUUCGAUUAUGAUGGCCGAGUCGAGAUGUUCAUUCCUAUCACUUGGAGAGAAGUUCUGAAGAUCGUGGCUUACGUCAUCGUGUUCCUGGUAUCACUCACGGGCAACAUGUUAGUUAUAUUAGUGGUUUUCUGCAAUUCGCACAUGAGAACCUCCACCAAUCAGUACCUGGUGAACCUUGCCUUCGCGGAUCUCCUGGUGACGAUGGGUUCGAUGUGGGUUCACCUGAUGCGGCAUCUGUCGUUUCCGAAUUUCAGCCUUCCGAGCAUCACCUGUAAACUGGAGGGGUUCAUUCAGGCCACCGCCCUCCUCGGCAGCGUGUUCACUCUCACCGUGAUCAGCGUGGGUCGGUUCGUCGCCGUCAUGUUCCCCUUCCUCGCCCGGACGUCUCCCGACCGCGCCCUCAAGGUCAUCGCGGGCGUGUGGAUCGUGUCGGCUUCCAUCGCCAGCCCGAUUCUCGCCUACAGGAACACGUAUAGUAUACAGUGGAAGAACUUUACCUCCUGGCACUGUGACGAGUUCUGGCCCAACCACGGUGCCCCGGACGCUACGGGACAGUGUGUUAUCAAGUUCACCAGCAAGAUGAUUUACUAUACCAUCCUUAGCACGGCUUUCUUCUUCAUACCCAUCGCUAUAAUGCUUGUGAACUACAGCAUGGUCGUCUGGAGGCUCUGGAUGACGCAGCUUCCGGGGGAGACCUACGACCCGGCCGUGAGUGCCUCCACUCGGGCCAGGAAGAGGGUCGUCAAGAUGAUAUCGGUGGUACUCCUGGUGUUUACCCUGUGCUGGACGCCCUUACAGUCCCUCAUGCUCUACACCAACUUCGCUCACUCGCAGAACGAAAGUGGAUCG